GAUGCAGUGUCCUACGUGCUGAGGAUUGAGGGGAGGCCGUACACCAUCCACCUGCAGCAGCAUGCCUUUCUAUCUGAUGAUUUCCAGACGUACAUGUCCAGUGAGCAGGGAUCUUUGCACUCUGAUUCUGCCCCCUUUGAGGGAGGCUGCCAYUACCGGGGUUACAUCGAGGGCUCCCCCAGCUCAGCAGUGACCCUCAGCAUCUGCUCAGGGCUCAGGGGUUUGCUGCAGUUUGAGAACGUGAGCUAUGGCAUCGAGCCCCUGGGCUACUCCCCUGCRUUCCGGCAUGUGGUGUAUCGAGUGAGCGAGGAGCAGGGGACAGGGUCCCUCCUGGCCCACAGCCCCCCCAGGACAGGGCUGCAGGCCUGGAGCAGGUUGGACAAGGCCCUUAGGGAUGAUGAGCCCCUCUCAGCUGCUGCACAAUCUCCCAAAUACCUCACAGUGUACAUGAUUUUGGACAAGGCUUUGUACAACUACAUGGGAUCAGACCCGAAUGCUGUGACRCAGAAGAUAAUUCAGGCCUUCAAUUUAAUCAACAAUAUGUUUAAUUCCCUUAAUGUCACCAUUGUGCUGUCCUCCCUGGAGCUGUGGGCAGAGGGGGAUAAAAUAUCAACAGCAGGGGACACAGAUGACCUUCUGCAACGAUUUCUACAGUGGAAACAGUUGUCUCUGGAGCCACGGGCRCAUGACAUUGCUUCUUUCUUAGGGUACAGGGACAAAGGAGGGUUCAUGGGCGCAGUGGCUCCAGGAGAGGCGUGUCACAGAGAUGCUGCUGCCACAGUGGCCCUGUACCCUGGCAAUGUGACACUGGAGUCCUUCUCUGUCCUGCUGGCGCAGGUGCUGGGCCGCAGCCUGGGCAUGAGCCCCGAUGGCUCCCGAGGCUGCAGCUGCCCCGGGCGAGUGUGUGUCAUGAGUCCCGAGGCGCUACAUUUCAGUGGGGCAAAAGCCUUUAGUAACUGCAGUGUCAGGGACUUUGAGACCUUCCUGAAGCAGGGCCGAGGCGCGUGCCUUUUCGACAGACCCCGGCUGGCCCGSCUGGCCCGCCAGAGCAGAGCCACCUGCGGCAACCGAGUGGUGGAGCCRGGCGAGCAGUGCGACUGCGGCACAGCCAAGGAAUGCCUGAAGGAUAGGUGCUGCACUACAAAUUGUAGAUUAAAGCCAACAGCAGAAUGUGCCUCUGGAUUAUGUUGUAAAAACUGUCAGUUGAUGCGCAGGAACGCGGUGUGCCGCGCGGCCGCCGAUGCCCAGUGCGACCUGCCCGAGUUCUGCAGCGGCUCCUCCGCCUCCUGCCCCGCCGAUGUGUACGUGCAGGACGGGCACAACUGCGCCCGGGGCACCGGCUACUGCUACCGGGGCCGCUGCCAGUCCUUGGACCUGCAGUGCAAGCAGCUCUAUGGCAGAGAUUCAAAGAAYGCUCCUGUGGUCUGUUAUGAGGAGAUCAACAGCCAGCGGGACAGGUUUGGGAACUGCGGGGUAAGGGCCGGACCCAAGUACGACCCCUGUGCUUGGAGGAAUCUCAGGUGUGGCAAGUUGAUCUGCACRUACCCAUCCAACAAGCCCUUCCCAUCAACUGCUGCUGCUGUGAUUUAUGCCCGAGUGCGGGAGCAUUUGUGUGUCUCUCUGAACUAYCUGAAUGUACCCCCAACGAGGGAUCCAAUUCUGGUUUCUCCAGGGACAAAAUGUGGCUCUGGAAAGGUCUGCAUCAACAACACGUGUCACCCUCACUCGGUGCUGGGCUCCAGCUGUGACAGCGCAGCCAAGUGCCACGGCCACGGCGUGUGCAACAACAAAGGCAACUGCCACUGCCACCCGGGCUGGCAGCCCCCCGACUGCAGCAGGAAGGGGUCCCGCCUGGGGGGCAGCGUGGACUGCGGGCUGCAGCUCAACGAGCCAGGAGCACCCUCGAGGCCAGUCCUGGGACCCGGUGACAUGGCCUGGCUGGUGCUGGGCUCCAGCCUCGUCCUGCUGGUCCUCACUGCAGCCCUCUGCCUCGGCCUGUGGCGACAGGAGCUGCUGGCCCGCUUCCAUGGGCAGCAGCCACCGGCCACCGAGGGCACCAGCCAGGAUGUGARCAGGGAGCUGGAGCCAGAGCGGCAGCGAAAUGUGCGGCGGAACCCGGAGCUGCAGAGGGAUGUGGAGCGAGAGCCUCGCGUGGGGCASAAGAGAGGCACAGCCCCAAAACAACAGCCAAAGCGGGGGCACCACUGUGGGCCCUGAUUAAAGGUGUUUGGCAAAGCUGGUGUCAUGGCCAGUGCCCCGUAGUUUUAUGAUUUGUGUAGUUUGUGCUUUUGUCAAAGUCAGCCCUGCUCUCAGGGCCCAGGGGCCACAGCGGUGGGGAUUGUCCCCUUUUCUCUGUGGGCACCUGGUGAUGGUUGGKGUUUGCCCAUCUGUGAGGGCUGUGGAGCUGCCUGAGGCUGGGCAGGGACAGCUCAGGGGCUGUGGCUCCUCUGAAGUGGAUGCUCCUGCUGUGGAUGUGUGUGGCUCAUCCUUCCUCGGGGUGUUUGUGGCUUUCCCAUGGGUGGAUGCCCACAGGGACCACGCUCAGUGUUUUCUCCAUGGCAAAGCCUUAUCAGCGACCUUUAGCCGUGUUUGCUCA